AUGUCUGGCUACGGUGACGAUUCCUACGGCAGCCGCCGCAACGAUAACGAGGACUCCUACGGCUCCUCUAACCGUGACGACUCCUACGGAUCUUCCAACAAGAAAUCAUACGGAGACGACAACGAAGAGACCUCCUAUGGAUCUUCGAACAAAAAGUCCUACGGGGAUGAUAGUGAAAACACUACAUCCUACGGAUCCUCGAACACUUACGGUUCCUCCAAUGAUGACUCCUACGGAUCCUCAAACAAGAAGUCUUAUGGAGACGACAGCGAAGAGACCUCCUACGGAUCUUCGAACAAGAAGUCCUCUGGAGACGACAGCGAAGAAACCUCCUACGGCUCCUCCAACACUUACGGUGGCUCCAAAUCCAACCGUGACGACGAAGACUCCGGAUCAUACGGCUCCUCGAAUAAGAAAUCCUACGGCGGCGACGAUAGCGAAGAAGCCUCCUACGGCUCCUCCAACACUUACGGCAGCUCCAAACCCACCCGUGACGACGAAGACUCCGGAUCAUACAGCUCCUCAAACAAGAAGUCUUAUGGAGACGACAGUGAAGAAACCUCCUACGGUUCCUCCAACACUUACGGCGGUUCCAAAUCCAACCGUGACGACGAAGACUCGGGAUCAUACGGCUCCUCGAACAAGAAAUCCUACGGCGGCGACGACAGCGAAAACACCACAUCCUACGGUUCUUCAAACACCUACGGUUCUUCCAACGACGAUUCUUACGGUUCCUCGAAUAAGAAAUCCUAUGGUGGCGAUGAUGAAGAUGGUGCUAGAGUAUCUAGCUAUAAUCGUUCAUCAGAUGAUAACGAGACCGGUACCUAUGGAAGCAGACGUUCCGAUGACUACUAG